AUGUCUACUACAUUGACAUUAUCACUCGAUACACUACCUAUUGAACUUAUUCAUCAAAUAUUCAAUAGUCUCGAUGAACAAACAAUUAUUCUUUCACUCCGGUAUGUAUGCAAACGAUUCUAUACGAUCACAAAUGUUUACGAUUGUUAUAAACUUAAUUUUCAAUCAAUAUCAAAAUCGAAUUUUGAUCAUAUCUGUCGAUUUAUUCAACCGGAAAAUGUUAUUUCACUUACACUUUCUGAUGAACAUAUAACACCAGGUCAAAUUCAAUUAUUUUUUUCAUUACUUCGUAUCGAACAUUUUACGAGACUUUGUUCAUUGACACUCAUUGAUAUUAAGGAAAAUGAUUUGAAACAAAUUCUUCAACAUGUUACUACUUGUAAGCUUAUUUCAUUAUCAAUUAAACAGAAAGAUACUUAUAAUCGUUCAAAAAUAACUAAUCGUCUUCUUUCGACAAUUCUUGAACAACCAAGUCUUCAAAAAUUAACAAUGAAUGUAAUAGAAGAUAAUACUGGUAAAUUAUAUUGGCUAAGACAAUGUACAAUAAAACAUUUAACAUUAUUCGAUUGUUAUUCAAAUCAUUUUUCGAGUAUUUUUCAUUGUUUUUCUUGUCUACGAACAUUAUUUAUCAAUAAUUGUUAUUUAAUCGAUUAUGAAGGACCAAUUAUUAAAAUCUCCAAUCUUAUACAAAUGCAACAAUUAAUGUCACUUACAAUGGAAAAUUCUAGUUUUGAUAUGGAUAAAACUGAAAUAAUUCUUUCGAAUACACCUUCAUUGAUACAUCUUCGAUUGAUUGGUGAUGUAGAUCGAAUUGAUUUUCCCUGGGAACAAUUUAUUCAAACAAAAUUACCAAUGUUAAAUAAAUUUGAAUUUGUUUUUAGUAAGAAAGUGAAUAUUGAUUAUCGUUCGAUCAAUGGUCGACAAUUGAUUGCUUUAUUUCAAACAGUAUUUUGGCUUGAAAUCAAACGUUGGUUUGUUACAUGUGAACUUAUUCGACAUGCAUCAUCUAAUUCUCGAUAUCUGGAUAAUGAAAUACGACUCUAUUCGAUACCUUGUAUCGGUCGUCAUUUUGAAUAUCAUCUGAAUUCGAAUAUAAUUACAUUUUCGACUUUAACUGAUAUGAAUAAUGAUACAACAAUGAUGGAUCAUGUACAAUGUGUUUAUCUAGAAACAAAAGAAAUAAUGGAUGCAGUUACGAACAAACAGGUAAACAAGAAAAAGAAUGAUGAGUGUUCGAAAAAAAAAAUUCGAAAAGUAAUCCUAUCUAUCAGCUUGAGUUUUCUACGAAUUGAGUUUUUCAAAAGCAACAGCAAUCCUCUCAUAAUCUCAAGCAACACAUUUCAGUAACUAACAAAUAAAAUGUGAGUCUACAGUUUCAUAAAAUACGACUCCGUGUGUAUUUCCGCCUUUUUUAACGAAAAGUAUGGUUAUUGAUAAAUUGAUUCGUUUCAUUAUGCGAUUCCAAAGAAAACAAACUGAUAUGCCAUCUGAUUAAUUCAACAGGUGAUACAUAGUUUUUGUUAUCAAAAGAUUUCAUUCGAAAGAGAGAAUUAUUUUCUACAUGAUAGCAUGGUUAUAAAUGAAAAUUUCAAAUUGAAACCUGACGAUUCCAAAACGCGGAAAAUUCAAAGUUCAGUUCUUGAUUGGUAGAAACUGUCGAAUGUAUGUUUUUCUUCAUCUUCGUUCAGCACAACUACAAAUGUGAACAUUUUACUCUAACAUUGGAAGCCAAUUUUUGUUUAUUUAAUAUUUCCCAAGCGAAACUACAGACUCUCUUGUUGACAGUGAAGGGCCGGAUGAGAUGUUCAUCGUAGCAAGUCAUAUGGAAUACAUAUUAGUUGACUAUCUUAAUGAAUGAUUAUAAAUGUUGAAGAUCAAUAAAAUUGAAUUGAUUUAGCAAAAUCUUAUGUUUUCCUAUACAGUUGAGUGAAUCACUAAUUGCAAAUUACAAUUAUCCCAUGGAAUUAGAUUUUGAAGGCGAAAUUGAAUUGCAUAGUUUCUUGUGUAGAAAUAUGCUUGUAGAGGAUUAAAUUCUAUUCAAAAGAAUAAAUUAGAAUGACAAUAGUGAAAUUGAAAUUUAGACAAUUAUUCAUUUUAUAUAAGGCUUACAGAGUUGAAUUUUUUUCAUUUUAACCAUGCCAUUGAGUAGAACACAUUUUUCUCUACUGAAAUAAAUAUUUUAAUCUAGAACAAAAGCCUCUCAAUGUUUAUUUUUAUUUGAAUACUUUUUUUUUUAUUUAACUGAAGUUUACAUUCUUAUCUAUCAUA